AUGGAAGUCGCCUCCUCCUCCACCUCUACCUUAAUCAAGGAUUUCAAAUCCACUAAAUCCGUCGUCGACGAAACCGCACGCUCCCGGAGUCACAGCAACCUCUGCAUCGGAGUCUCCGUCGCCGUCGCCGUCGUCCUCUUCCUCGUCGUUAUAAUCGUCAUUUUAGCCUUCACGGUGUUCAAGCCAAAGCGACCUAUCACCACCAUCAAUUCCGUCUCCAUUGACGAUUUCGACCUGUCGCUGAGCGUAGUCAGAACCUCUGUCGAUUUCAACAUCACUCUGGUUGCCGAUGUCGCUAUUACGAACCCUAACAAGGUCGGAUUUAGCUACUCGAAUAGCACCGCGUUUUUCAAUUACAGAGGCGAACUGGUUGGCGAGGUGCCGAUUCUGGCCGCGCAAAUCGAUGCAGGUCAGACCACGCAGAUGAACAUUACGUUGAGGAUUUUGGCAGAUCGGUUUGUGAAAACGUCGACGGUGUUCUUCGAUGUCGUAGCCGGAUCGAUGCCGUUGAAUGCGUACGCGAGAGUUUCAGGUAAGGUGAGGAUUUUGGGGAUUUUCAAUAUUCAUAUGGUUUCUACAACAUCGUGUGAUUUCAGUAUUAACAUAUCGGAGAGGAAUAUUAAAGAUCAACAGUGUAAUUACCAUACUAAGAUCUAA